AUGUAUUCAGCGCUCUCUCAUUCUCCCGUUUUCCAUCACCCUGCCCCAUUCUCCCGCUUUCGUUCAUCCCGCCCCAUUCUCCCUCCUUCCAUCACCCCGCCCCAUUCUCCCGCUUUUCAUCACCCCGCCCCAUUCUCCCGCUUUUCAUCACCCCGCCCCAUUCUCCUGCUUUCCAUCACCCCGCCCGAUUCUCCCGGUUUCCAUCACCCUGCCCCAUUCUCCCUCUUUCCAUCAUCCUGUCCCAUUCUCCCUCCUUCCAUCACCCCGCCCCAUUCUACCGCUUUCCAUCACCCCAUCCCAUUAUCCCGUUUUCCAUCACCCCGCCCCAUUCUCCCGCUUUCCAUCACCCCGCCCCAUUCUCCGACUUUCCAUCACCCCGCCCCAUUCUCCCGCUUUCCUUCACCCCGCCCCAUUUUCCUGUUUUCCAUCACCCCGCCCCAUUCUCCCGUUUUCUAUCACCCCGCCCCAUUCUCCUUCCUUCCAUUACCCCGCCCCAUUCUCCCUCCUUCCAUCACCCCGCCCCAUUCUCCCGCUUUCCAUCACCCCGCCCCAUUCACCCGGUUUCCAUCACCCCGCCCCAUUCUCCCGCUUUCCUUCACCCCGCCCCAUUUUCCCGUUUUCCAUCACCCCGCGCCAUUCUCCCGUUUUCUAUCACCCCACCCCAUUCUCCCUCCUUCCAUUACCCCGCCCCAUUCUCCCUCCUUCCAUCACCCCGCCCCAUUCUCCCGCUUUCCAUCACCCCGCCCCAUUCACCCGGUUUCCAUCACCCUGCCCCAUUCUCCCGCUUUCCAUCACCCCACCCCAUUCUCCCGUUUUCUUUCACCCCGCCCCAUUCUCCCUCUUUCCAUCACCCCGCCCCAUUCUCCCGCUUUCCAUCACCCCGCCCCAUUCACCCGGUUUCCAUCACCCUGCCCCAUUCUCCCGUUUUCCAUCACCCCGCCCCAUUCUCCCGCUUUUCAUCACCCCACCCCAUUCUCCCGCUUUCCAUCACCCCGCCCCAUUCUCCCGCUUUCCUUCACCCCGCUCCAUUCUCGCUCCUUCCAUCACCCCGCCCCAUUCUCGCUCCUUCCAUCACCCCGCCCCAUUCUUCCACUGUCCAUCACCCCGCCUGAUUCUCUCGCUUUCCAGCACCCCGCCCGAUUCUCCUGCUUUCCAUCACCCGCCCCAUUCUCCCUCCUUCCAUCACUCCGCCCCGUUCUCAAUCCUUCUAUCACCCCGCCCCAUUCUCCUGCUUUCCAUCACCCCGCCCCAUUCUCCCUCAUUUCAUCACCCCGCCCCAUUCUCCCUCCUUCCAUCACCCCGCCCCAUUCUCCUGCUUUCCAUCACUCUGCCCCAUUCUCCCGCUUUCCAUCACUUUGCCCCAUUCUCCCGCUUUCCAUCACCCCGCCCCAUUCACCCGCACCCCGCCCGAUUCUCCUGCUUUCCAUCACCCGCCCCAUUCUCCCUCCUUCCAUCACUCCGCCCCGUUCUCAAUCCUUCCAUCACCCCGCCCCAUUCUCCUGCUUUCCAUCACCCCGCCCCAUUCUCCCUCAUUUCAUCACCCCGCCCCAUUCUCCCUCCUUCCAUCACCCCGCCCCAUUCUCCUGCUUUCCAUCACUCUGCCCCAUUCUUCCGCUUUCCAUCACUCUGCCCCAUUCUCCCGCUUUCCAUCACCCCGCCCCAUUCUCUCGAUUUCCAUCACCCCGCCCCAUUUUCCCGAUUUCUAUCACCCGGCCCAAUUCUCCUUCCUUCCAUCACCCCACCCCAUUCUCCCUCUUUCCAUCAACCCGCCCCAUUCUAACGCUUUCCAUCAACCCGCCCCAUUCUCCCGUUUUCCAUCACCCCGCCCCAUUCUUCCGCUUUCCGUCACCCUGCCCCAUUCUCCCGUUUUCCGUCACACCGCCCCAUUCUCCAGCUUUCCGUCACACCGCCCCAUUCUCCAGCUUUCCAUCACCCCGCCCCAUUCUCCUUCCUUUCAUCACCCUGCCUCAUUCUCUCGUUUUCCAUCACCCCGCCCCAUUCUCCCGCUUUCCAUCACCCAGCCCCAUUCUCCCUCCUUCCAUCACCCCGCCCCAUUCUCCCGCUUUUUAUGACCGGCCCCAUUCUCCCGCUUUCCAUCACCCCGCAACAUUCUCCCGCUUUCCAUCACCCCGCCCCAAUCUCCCGCUUUCCAUCACACUGCCCCAUUCUCUCGCUUUCCAUCACCCUGCCCCGUUCUCCCGCUUUCCAUCACCCCGCCCCAUUCUCUCGCUUUCCAUCAUCCCGCCCCAUUCUCCCGCUUUCCAUCACCCCGCCCCAUUCUCCCUCCUUCCAUCACCCCGCCCCAUUCUCCCUCCUUCCAUCACCCCGCCUCAUUCUCCCGCUUUCCAUCACCCCGCCCCAUUCUCCCGCUUUCCAUCACCUUGCCCCAUUCUCCCGUUUUCAAUCAUCCCGUCCCAUUCUCCCGCUUUCCAUCAUCCCGCCCCAUUUUCCCUCUUUCCUUCACCCCGUCCCAUUCUCCUGUUUUCCAUCACCGCGCUUCAUUCUCCCAUUUUCCAUCACCCCGCCCCGUUCCCCCGCUAUCCAUCACCCCGCCCCAUUCUCCCGCUUUCCAUGAUUCCGCCCCAUUCUCCCGCUUUCCAUCACCCCGCCCCAUUCUUCCUCCUUACAUCGCCCCGCCCCAUUCUCCCGCUUUCCAUCACCUCGCCCCAUUCUCCCGCUUUCCAUCAUCCCGCCCCAUUCUCCCGUUUUCCAUCACCCCGCCCCAUUCUCCCGCUUUCCAUCAACCCGCCCCAUUCUCCCGCUUUCCAUCACCACGCCCCAUUCUCCCGGUUUCCAUUACCCCGCCCCAUUCUCCCGUUUUCCAUCACCCUGCCCCAUUCUCCCGUUUUCCAUCACACCGCCCCAUUCUCCGACUUUCCAUCACCCCGCUCUUUUCUCCGUCUUUCCAUCACCCCGCCCCAUUCUCCCGCUUUCCAUCACCCCGCCCCAUUCUCCCUCCUUCCAUCACCCCGCCCCAUUCUCCCGCUUUCCAUCACCCCGCCCCAUUCUUUUGCUUUCAUCACAAUGCCCCAUUCUCCCGUUUUUCAUCACCCCGCCCCAUUCUCCCGCUUUCCAUCACCCAGCCCCAUUCUCCCUCCUUCCAUCACCCCGCCCCAUUCUCCCGCUUUUCAUCACCAGCCCCAUUCUCCCGCUUUCCAUCACCCCGAACCAUUCUUGACAAAACUUGAGCUAGGCUAA